GGACAACUAUUUUUGAUGGAAUUUUUAAUUGACAAAAUCAAUAUUCCCACAAUACGGGCGAUUCAUGAGGAAAUAUUACCGGCUAGAACAUGCGUCUCGUUUCAAAUAUUAGACUUGCCUCCUCUUCAUAUAUAUCAAGAAACGACAACGAAAACUUGCGCCUGUAAUGGCAGUGAACCCCAAAUUUUUAAAAAAGGGAAAUCCUGUCUGUUUGCCCUUCCAAAUGAUAUUCUGCAAAAACCGUUGUGUAAUUUCCCCGUAAAAAUGUCUGUCUACAAGGAACUGCCGCCAGCAGUUUUGCCGGACGUGAUGUUGAUCGGUACUCACCAGAUUCAAACUCGCGAUCUCAUAAACUCGCUGCUGAGUCGGCAAUUCUUCAAUAUCGGCAAGACCUACAAGACAAUUAAGAACGUUAUUAAAAUUACUACAGCAACAGGACAAUGCGUGGGCGAAGCCACAGUCUUCAUCCGCGCCUCGUGUUUUGGCAGAAAGAUCAUCACGCAAUUUCAAAUUCCUCACAACAGGAAACCUUACCUGUUCAAGGGCACCGACGAUGGUCCGGCGUUUCAAUGCGAAAGAUUCACUUCCGCUUCAGAUAAAGAACGGAUAGAAUGCGCAUGCCUGCUUAAGAAGACUGGCAACGGCAGUGGAGAAGCCGCAAGAAUCCGCUGUCCUGUUGUCUCUCAUAAACAUCGACGAAAAGAAUGGCUGGAAGAUGUUAAAAAGGAUAAGUGUUCACCGUGCUGUCGUAGUACACAAAAUACUGUACUCAGCAGCAAGGAAACAGCCGGAAAAUGUGGCUGCAUUUUAAGAAAGAGAGAAUUUGUAGUUGCACCCGAACAAAUAUCAAGUACCCAACAUGAAUAA